AUGCAGAUUAAUAUGCAUCGCCAUGAUCAAUCUAAAAAGGAUAAUAUUCUGUUCAUCAAUAUCAACACAUAUCGGGGUAUGUUAAUAUUUGCUUAUUUCUCCAUAGAAUUUCAGCUGCGAAGCGAGUCUAAACGAAGACUUUUGGAUUGCAAGCCGUCAACAUCGCUCAUUGAUAUUCUGCGGAUUAUGUCAGAGUAUCGAAUCCGUCGCUUGCCCGUAAUUGACAACGACCAAGCGUAUGGUAUUCUCACAUACAGCGCGAUCCUUCGUUAUAUUGUAUAUUCGUUCGAUCGCUCCGCUCCUUUAUAUCAACAAACAAUCCGCGAGCUGAAUUUAGGUCUGUACAAAGAUGUGAUUUCUUGCCCUUCAUCAACAUCGGUAGCGCAAGCCCUUUUUCUGCUGGAGAGCAAGAACAUCUCGUCGAUUCUGGUGACGGACAAGGACGGUCGCAUCACCACGAUCUUCCAGCGCAGCGACAUUUUCAAACUGGACAUUUUGGACAUCGACAGCUUCGAGCGGCCUUUGGAUUCGUUCGAGACCCUCGGACACAAGCUGUCGCAAUCGCUGUGCUGCCACCAGGACGAUAAAUUGCAGUAUGUGUUCGAUAUGUUCGCGACGACGGAGCUGCGACUGCUGGUGAUCGUAGAUGAAAAUGAAAUGCCAAUCGGGAUUAUUUCGCUCGUGGAUUUGCUUAACUAUUUUAUGUCGUACAUUUUAUAAUUAGGAUCUGUAUCAUGUUUUG